AUGGCUCCUGUGUCAAUGCCUCCUGGUUUCCGGUUUCAUCCAACAGACGAAGAGCUUGUCAUAUACUACCUCAAAAGAAAGAUUAAUGGUCGGAUAAUCGAAUUAGAGAUUAUUCCCGAGAUUGAUCUUUACAAAUGCGAGCCUUGGGAUUUACCUGGGAAGUCGUUGCUUCCAAGUAAAGACCUAGAAUGGUUCUUUUUCAGUCCUCGAGACCGGAAAUAUCCUAACGGAUCAAGAACAAACAGGGCAACGAAAGCCGGUUACUGGAAAGCCACAGGGAAAGAUCGUAAAGUGAAUUCACAUUCGCGAACUGUCGGAACAAAGAAAACGUUAGUUUAUUACCGAGGAAGAGCUCCUCAUGGCUCUCGCACCGACUGGGUCAUGCAUGAGUACCGUCUUGAAGAGGAAGAGUGCGACUCUAAAUCCGGCAUACAGGAUGCGUAUGCACUUUGUCGAGUAUUCAAGAAGAGUGCACUAGCCAACAAGUUAGAAGAACAACAACAACAUGGGAGAAAGAAGAACAAAGCAAGGACAAGCAGCGAACAAUCUACUUCUAGUACUUGUUUGUACUCCGAUGGAAUGUAUGAAAACCUAGAAAACUCGGGUUAUCCAGCCUCACCCGAUACAUGCUUAACUCAACCCGGUAACAUUUAUUCGUCGGAUAUGGAAACGAUAGAGAACAAAUGGACUCAGUUUAUGACGCAUGAUACGUCCUUCAACUUCCCAGUCCAGUCACAGUUUUGUUCUCAAUACGGAACAAUUUCAUAUCCCUCGAAGGUUGAGAUAGCGUUAGAGUGUGCAAGACUGCAGAAUCGUAUGUUGCCACCGGCGCCACCACUUAACCUAGAAGAUCUCACACACGGAGAAUAUAUGGGGAACAAUGUAGCUAAUGAUACAGAUGAGAUGCUGAAUAAGAUAAUAGCAUUGGCUCAAGCCUCCAACGAGCCACGGAACAGUCUAGACUCGUGGGGAGUUGCUUCUGCUUCUGGAAUCUUCCAUGGAGACUUUAACUAUUCUGGAGAAAAAAUCUCAGGAACAUUGGUGGAGGCAAACAUGAAGGCUGUGGAUAUGCAAGAACAUGAUGGGAGGUUUAAGGAAGAAAGACUUGUUGAGAACUUGAGAUGGGUAGGAGUUUCAAGCAAGGAACUAGAAAAGAGCUUCAUUGAAGAACACUCAACGGUAGUUCCCAUAGAAGAUAUUUGGAGCUAUCGUAGGGAUGACCUAGAACAUGAUAAUCAAGUAACCAACAAUGGAGAUGUGGAUGAUGUUUUCACGCUUGAGUUCUCAGAAAACGAACAUAACGAGCAUAUUCCGGACAAGAUAAACAACAACGAUAAUGACAUAACGAGUUCACCAUGUUUUGAGGUGGUGAAGAAAGUUGAAGUUAGCCAUGGAAUGUUUGUUACAACUCGUCAGGUAACCAAUACAUUCUUCCAACAGAUCGUACCAUCUCAAACCGUUAUAGUUUACAUAAAUCCAACUGGUGCCAACGAAUGUUGUCAUCAGAUGACACAAAAAAACGAGGUUCAUGUCCUUAAGAAGAUGAAUCCACGGAUUGGCAACAUAAUCUCGAAAAUACUUGGACGGUGGAGAAAAGUUGCGUAUGUUAUUCGUCUCAUUCCUAUGCUUCUAUUGAUGCGCUGUGUUCAUCAAGGAGGUAACUGUAACGACAAAAACCAAAGUAGUGAAAGAAGCCAGCUUAAGAAAGGAGAUUGUAAUGAUCAUGGAAAAAUACUCAUGAUGAAAUAUGGUGUAGUGAGAAGAACAUUUUGGAAGAAGAAGAAAGAGAAACGCAUGGUUUAUGAACAAGGUUUGCGAGUUCAAGAUAGUUUCAUGUUGAAGAAGUUGGGGCUUUCUCUUGUUAUCAUCUUAGUUGUGUCUACCAUUUGUCUUAUUUAG